CAAAGACAAAGCAGGCACAUCACCCUGACCGUGCUUGAGCAGCCCGUCCCCGCGGGCCCUUCCAGUGAAGAAACUCAUCAAGGAGCAGGAGGGAUGGCCGCACGCAUCCCUUGCUACAUCCUCGGAGGCUGCUACUGCUUCAUCCUGCUGCUCCUGCAGCUGCUCUUUCACCUGUGCUGGCUGCGGGGCAGCCGCCAGCAGCAGGGCAGACGUGGGGAAGCCUGCGGCUGCUGCUGGGGAGAAGGGAGCCAGCGUGCGGGAGCAGCCAGGGCCGGCACCCCAGGCUGGCAGCAGCAGCCGCCCCGCAGUGCCCGGGCAGAAUGAAGGCGCUCAGCUGGUGGCUCAGGGCUGCUUUUCCUCCUGGCACCUGCCCCUCUGCGGGACAAACCGGGGUCCUGGCCGCUGCCUGUCCCCAGGCACCGUCCUGCCUCCAGCGCACAACCACUCCCCACACUCACAUACCCCUGCUGUUAAAUUCCCGCUCCCCUGGGCAAAUAAACACCUUUCCUCUGGCAUCCCUGUCUCCAAAGUGCCUGGCAUGGGGCUGCAGAACCACUUGAAGCAGUUCCAGCAGCAAAGCGAGAGGCGGGAGAGUUUCCCAAGGCUUCUGGCCUGCCCCAGGAGGCCCCAAAGGCUGCUUUGGUGGGGCAGGGGCUGGUUGGCUGCUGAGGCUGACGGGUGACAGCUGAAGGAAGGCCCGCUCAGCCAGUGAGCUGCAUCCCCUGGAAAAUCCCCCCAAAAUCGGGGAUGCGAUGGACGCAUUUUGCUGGCAGCUCCCUGCUGCGUGCGUGGAAGGGGUGCUGGGGCAGAAGCAGCGCCCACGGUGGGGGCACAGGGGACACCCCGCAGCCCCCUCUCUCCCCGCAGCCCCGCAGCGUGCAGGUGGCACAGGAAGGAGCCGGGGCUCGCCCGCCCGCAGCGAACCCCACGACGCCGAGGGGCUGAGCGAGAGCCUCCGACUUCCUCCCGGCCCAGGCGAGCGCAGCAGCCGCAGGCGAUGUGUCCUGGCCGGCGCUGCUGGGGCCUCGGCUCCCUCCUGCUGCUGCUGCUGCUCGGGAGAAACCUGGGCUUCCUCGUGGAAAUCCCGCACGAUGCAGUCAGUGGCACCGUGGGGCAGUCCGUGCUCCUGCCCGUCUCCUACACAUUCAACAGCUCCCCUCACUUCCCAGUGUCUAUUAAGUGGAGGUUUGGUCACCCCUCACAAGUAAUCAUCUCCUGCACAGUGCUGAACUGCUCCUUGAGUGCUGGGGGGGCUCCCAAGAACUGCUCCACAAAAUGUUUCCCCCAUGCUUCACAUGCGGGCCGUGUUGAGCUCUUCCCUGAGAACGCAUCCCUGCUGCUGCGGGACCUGAAGCUCAGUGACAGCGGGGUGUACAACGUCAGCUUUGUACAGCAACAACAAAGCAGGCACAUCACCCUGACCGUGCUUGAGCAGCCCGUCCCCACGGGCCCUUCCAGUGAAGGCACCAGCAAUCAAGACCACACCCAUAACUACAUAAUUGGAGCUUGCUCAUUAAUAUUCCUCCUUCUGCUGUUCCUGGUCUUCUGCGUUUGGCGCUGGGUGCAGCAGAAGAAGAUGAGAAUCGUUAAACAACAGCAGGCCUUGAACACACAGGAGCCCCACGUGGACAACACUGCGGCAAGGGAAAUAAUGACCAUUUAUUCCAGAGUCGGAGACAGCUUUGAACAUCCAGAGCUGAGAGCAUCACCACAGGUCAUCUACUCAUCUAUAACCUCCCUCAAUUCCUGAGGACAGGACUGGGCACCACCAGCUCCUGCUUUGGCUGCGGGAGCUGCCUGGAGCAGAGCUCUGAACUUUGCAGGAGAUAGCCCUGCCACAAAGGUGGCUGGUGAUUUCAUCACUGACCAGAGGAAGGUGCCCAACGUAAAGGCAAAUCAGCAGUGCAUCCAUGGGAAGCCUUAUUCCACUGACUCACCUUAAUCUGAGGGCUAACGGAGAGCACUGUAUUUCAGUCCUGUGCUCCAGGGUCACUUACCAAUUGUCUUGUCAUAUUAAAAGAAUGCAUGAAGAAGAUCUUUUGACCUGGAAAGCUGUCCGUAUUUUUAUGAGUAUGCCAAGUCACUGUAGAGCAGACUCUUCCUGCCAUGAAAUCUGCUUGGCCUUGGGAUCCCAGGGCAAUAGGUUCCUCUGCUAAUCUUUUGAAAAGUCCCCUUGAAGGGCAAGGAGCUGGGACUUUCUGUACAAUGGAGUUCCUAGCACAUGGUGGCAUUCCUUUAAAACUGUUCGUACAGGUGGAUGAAAGCUGAGAUGCCUAACUCUGAUUUAAAAUUAAAGGCCACAUGUCCCCUAGCAGCACUAGCUUUUUAAAAAUGCAGUAAGGGUAUAAAUUGAUUUUGUUUUGCUCUGGGCUUCAUGGAAAACAAGACAGUACAUACCGAUACAUGGGGCCCCAUCAGUAAUAAAUGGAUGCUAGGACAGGACAAGAGUGCUAGGCGUCUCCCAACCAUAGCCAGGCCCAGAGAGAGCAUGGAAACUGCUGCUGCUGCCUCCCUCUUUGCAUGCUCCUGUGUCAGCUGGGAUGAUGUUCAAGAGAGACAAUGAUGAUGACGGUGGUGGUUCAAGCCCCAGCACCAGCAGCCCCUCUCCUGGCUCUGGGUGAAGGACCUGGCUGCUCUGCUCUUGGAAAGUCCUGCUAACCUUCACGACAGCAGAGUUUUUUCUUCCAGAAAACAGAAGCUCUUUGUGACUUAAUAAAACCGCAAAAGCUGAAAAGUUGCCUUAGGUACGCAUGAAGCUUUUGCAGUGGUUAGCGUGAGGCCUUAAGUAGCAGGAGAGAAGAAAGUACUAAAAAAGUGAAGCAGUAGCAAAUAAUUGCACAGGAAAUGUGGCUAUCAGUCCUCAGACUAAA